GUGACGAUGUAUAUGGUGAGCGUUGAAGUCGUUACUACGUGGAUCACUUGAGAGUUCUUUCAGUUAAAAUCUGGAAUCUGUCAAAGAACAUAUGUUUACUUUGUAUGAUCUGUUCUCAAAAAUUUUGUAAUUAAUUAUAAUAUUGCUAUUCGACAAAAUGAGUACCAUAGAAGAGUUAAAACAACGAAUAAAAACAUUAGAAUUACAAUUGGAAAUUGAAAAAUCAAAAAAUGCAUCACAUGUUCGUGAAAAGAUUGAACAAUUGUCAAGUGAAGUGGUGGAUACAAAUCCAUACAGUCGAUUGAUGGCAUUAAAACGAAUGGGAAUUGUUGAAAACUAUGAGAAAAUUCGUGAAUUAACAGUUGCUAUUGUAGGAGUUGGUGGAGUUGGCAGUGUUACUGCUGAAAUGUUUACCAGAUGUGGUAUUGGAAAAUUAGUCUUAUUCGACUAUGACAAGGUAGAAUUGGCUAAUAUGAAUCGUUUAUUUUUUCAACCUCAUCAAGUUGGAUUAAGCAAGGUUGAUGCAGCAGCAAAAACAUUAGAAUCUAUAAAUCCUGACGUUCAAAUUGAAACUCAUAAUUAUAAUAUUACUACUGUAGAUCAUUUUGAUGAUUUUAUGAAAGCUAUCAACACUUCAAGUCUCACGAAUGGUCCAGUUGACUUGGUAUUAAGUUGUGUUGAUAAUUUUGAAGCAAGAAUGACCAUUAAUAUGGCAUGUAAUGAAUUAAAUAUUAAAUGGUUUGAAAGUGGAGUAUCAGAAAAUGCUGUGAGUGGGCAUAUUCAAUUUAUAAUUCCUGGAGAAACUGCUUGUUUUGCCUGUGCUCCUCCUUUGGUUGUAGCAUCAAAUAUUGAUGAGAAAACUCUGAAACGAGAAGGUGUUUGUGCUGCAUCAUUACCUACAACAAUGGGUAUCGUUGCUGGUUUUUUGGCCCAGAAUGCAUUAAAAUAUUUACUCAAUUUUGGAAAUACUUCUUACUACCUGGGAUACAAUGCAAUGCAGGAUUUCUUCCCUUCCAUGACACUUAGACCUAAUCCUAAUUGUGAUGAUACAUUUUGUAGACAACGACAGAAGGACUAUCAAGCUAUCCCGAAAGAAGAAUUAGCAGUUGAAGCAACUGAAGAUGCUACUCCACUUCAUGAAGAUAAUGAAUGGGGUAUUUCAUUGAUUGAUGAAACUCCUGAAGUACUGGAAGAAAAUCCUGUAUCUACGCAACUAUGUCAAGGAGUACGACAAGCAUAUACCAUUCCUCAAGAUUGUACUGGUACUGAAGAAGUCACUGAUGACAACGCACUUAAAUUAAAUGAAUUAAUGGCUGAAAUAAAAUCAGUUUAUAAUAGUUAAUAAUAUUCGAAGAUUGUAUACAUAUACUCUGGAAAGAUUAUUUUUAUUGUUAUUAUUAUUGUCAAGUUUAUUCUCAAUUUCAUAAUAAAAUUAAUAUUCAU